UCUCGGAAAUACGAUUCGUUUUCCCCAGAUCCUUGCAGGGUCGAGCCGCCCUCGAGGUGGCGUGUCUACAGACCCCCUAUAAGCAGGGCUGUCAGCAUUUUUGGUGGCUUCGAGAUUUGUCGUCAUCUCUUGCUCGUACUGAUAGCGGUGUACCUCCAAUUUUGUGAUUAUGCGACUCGCGCAGUUUAUCUGGGCUGCUGCGCUGGUAAUUAUCGGUGCACGGGCUCAGACACAGUCACUCCCAGAAUGCUCGAGCUCAUGUCUAGCCCAGCUUCUCCCCCAAUCGCCCUGCUCGGCCAGCGACCAAGAAUGUAUCUGCACCAACGUCGGCCUGAACAGAAAUCUGGAAGUUUGCGUCGCGGCAAACUGUACCGUUAAAGAAGGGCUCACUACCCUCAAUGUCACAAAUACAGAAUGUGGAGCUCCAAUUCGCGACCAGACGGCUCUGAGCAUUGUCCUUCCGGCAGUCGGGUUUGGCGCUCUGAUUCUUGUUGCGAUUAGGGUGUAUACUCGUCUUGCGGUGACUGCGCCGGGGCUUGGACUAGAUGACUGGGCAACUAUUCUUCUUGCUUGCUGCACAAUCCCAGUCAACAUCGGCUCGAUCCUUCUCGGAAUCGCUGGACUGGGCAAAGACAUCUGGACGCUCGAGUUCGACAAGAUCACUCGGAUCCUCUACCUCUUCUACAUCCAGGAGAUCAUCUACAUCUUCUGCGUCGCCCUGACAAAAAUCUGUCUCCUCCUCUUCUACCUACGCAUCUUCCCAUCGAGCCGAAUGCGCCUGGUCAUCAAAGUCUCCUGUGCCGUGACCUUCGCCUACUGCAUCGCCUUCAUGUUUGCUCUCGCCUUUCAAUGCUCGCCCGUGAGUUAUAACUGGAAUGGAUGGGAUGGGGAACACGAGGGGACCUGCGUUCAGAAGAAUACGUUGGUUGUUACCGCGGCCGCGCUGAAUAUCGUGUUGGAUUUCUGGGUGAUUGCCCUGCCCAUACCGAAAGUGCUGAGGCUGCAGGCGUCGAUUACGACCAAGCUGCAGGUGAUUUUUAUGUUUUCUGUGGGCUUUUUAAUCACCGGCGUCAGCAUCUACCGAACCGUCAUGCUCAAGAUCUUCGCAACAAGCAGCAACGCAACCUGGGACCAAGCAGCCGGCGGCUACUGGUCCGUCAUCGAAGUCGACGUCGGCCUCUUGUGCAUCUGCCUGCCCGCCCUGCGCUCCCUCCUCGGCCACCUGCUACCAAGCGUCUUCGGGUCAACCAAGGAAACAAGCAGCGCGGGGCAGCCAUUGAGUAAUCUCAGCGCGAGCCAGGGUCGGGCGAGGCUGAGCGUUGCGCGGGGUGGUGGGGCGCAUGAUAAUGCGAGCUUUACGCAGUUGAUUGAGAUGGAUCAUCCGGCUAGUUUGAAGAGUAGCGGGUAGGUGGGCCUUUUGUAGCCGAUGUACAUACGGAUGCUGGUUUGAGGGGCUGGAUUUAGCGAUUGGAGUUGGGGCAUUUACGUAUUGGGCGGGAUAUCAAAAGUAUCGAUGGUCCGGUCAAGGGCCUUGUUCAUGACAGCUUGUCCUCUUGUAGUUUGUCGAGGUGCUACCUAAUUGUAGACUUGAAGGGUUGCAGGGGAACUGAUGCUACGUCUGCUGGGCUAUCAGGGGGUCUCUGCUGCUUUGGGCACGUUGUCCACAGGCUCAGCUCGGCCCUAGGCGGCUUCUUGAUGAGUGCACCUGCCAGGUGACUGGGUAUGGAGCGAAACCGUGCCGAAAUAGAUCCGUGUCACUAUUGUGGCGCGAGUAUGGUGAAUGAACAAAUCCACCGAAUCUACUACUAUAUAAGCCCGCUCAUAGCAUGCCUCAACUGGCAACAAGAGGGCAAGGUAUCUCAGGAAAGCAAACCCCCC